GCCCUGAUGGAAGUUCGGUUCCUGUGAAGGCGGAAGUCACAGGAAUUUACUUCCCUGUGGCUAAUAAUUCUUCCCCUUCUGGAACAUCUGAAGGAGUACAGCUUCACCUGUCCAGACAUGUCUACUGCCUACAAGAACAGGAUACAAGAGUUUAAAGCAGCCUUAAGGGAAGAAAGGGUGAACCUGGCGACCCUGAGGGAGCUGUGUUUCAACGGAAUCCCGUUUGAAGGAGGCAUCCGGUCGCUGUGCUGGAAGAUCCUUCUCAACUACCUGCCCCUCGAUCAAACGCUAUGGGAGUCCUUCCUAAAGAAGCAGAGGGAAGUUUACUCUCAGUUCCUCAGAGAAAUGAUCAUCCAGCCGGGCCUGGCCAAAGCCAACAUGGGCCUGUCCAGAGAAGACGUCACACUGGAGGACCACCCUCUGAACCCAAACCCAGACAGCAGGUGGAACACCUACUUCAGAGACAACGAGAUUUUACUGCAGAUAGACAAAGACGUCAGGCGGCUCUACCCAGACAUGGCGUUCUUCCAGAGACCGACAGACUACCCCUGCCAGCUGAUCCUAGACCCUCAGAACGAUUACGAGACGCUCCGCCGGCGGGUCGAGCAAACCACUCUGAAGGCUCAGACUGUGAACCGAAACCGCAGCGGCGUCACCAACGUGAGCUCACCUGGAAAGGCUCUGAAUCUGUACCCGUCUAAUGAGUACGAGGUGUUGCCCAACGGCAGCGAGGCGCACUGGGAGGUGGUGGAGCGAAUCCUCUUCAUCUACGCCAAACUCAACCCCGGCAUCGCCUACGUCCAGGGCAUGAACGAGAUCGUCGGGCCUGUCUAUUACACGUUCGCCACCGACCCCAACAGCCAGUGGAAAGAACACGCCGAGGCCGACACCUUCUUCUGCUUCACCAACCUGAUGUCUGAGAACAGAGACAACUUCAUCAAGAGUCUGGACGACUCCCAGUGUGGCAUCAGCUACAAGAUGGAGAGCGUCUACGCCAUGCUGAAGGAGAAGGACCUGGAGCUGUCGCUGAAACUGGAGGAGCAGAACAUCAAACCUCAGUACUUCACCUUCCGCUGGCUCACCCUGCUCCUGUCUCAGGAGUUCCUCCUGCCGGACGUCAUCCGGAUCUGGGACACCCUGUUCUCUGACAAGGACCGGUUCCACUUCCUGAUCCUGGUCUGCUGUGCCAUGCUCAUACUCAUCCGGGACAACCUGCUCUCCGGAGACUUCACCACCAACAUGAGGUCACUGCAGGAUUAUCCGAUCUCAGAUGUUCACCUAAUUCUGACCAAAGCUAAAGACCUGCAGGACAACUCCUCUUAACCCCACGUCCUCUAGUGUCCCCCAUGUCCCCCAUGUCCCCAUCCUCUCCAGAUGCCAGCUGGACGUCUCCUGAUCGGAUCGUGAGUCCUGUUUCUAAACUCUGAUGUUGAGGAACCAUUGAUUGUUUUGGCAGGAGACGCCGCGUCCUCCUUUAUGCAUACUGGGGACAACCCCCCCACCCAGACAGGGGAGGGGGUGUCUGCUGGUGGGUGGAGCCUCUGUGUUAGUUUGUCCUAAACUCCUCCCACUGAUCGUGUCUUCUCAUCCAAUCAGAGCGCGUUGUUUGAAUGUGAGGGACAGGAUUUCCUCCCGUGUUUAAGGAGGUGAAGCAGGACGUCACGAUGUUUUUAUCCUGAUGAACAUGAGGAGCGACGUGCUCGACUUCCUGGAGUGGAGUUCUGACCCGGUUAGAGCUCCACUGCGUGAUGUGAGGCUGCUCCAGAACCAGUUCUGUCCCAUUCCCGUUGGCUGGAAGUUGUAGUGAUGAAGGAUGGAGAACGCUGAGGCCGUCCUCCUCGUGUGGACCAGAGACGGAGUGAUGUCAUCAUUAUCAGCUUCCUGUUUAUAAAUGCUUGAUGGAAGUUUUCAGUCGCCACCCAUUCUGGUAUUUGGGUCGAUGCUGACUUCAGGUGAAGAUGAAG